AUGAAGAUCUCAUUUAUCUAUAUCGCUGCCCUGGUCUGUGCCCACCAGCUCCACUUAACGACGACGGUGAGGGCGCUCUCGGUAGACGUUCAACUUCCAGGACAGAACCGUGCUCCCAGUGCACCCGGAUCAGCAGCCGCUGUAGCUGCAGCGGGGAGGGGCGAAGGCGGAUCAAUGGCUUCGCCAGAUUCAACAACGCCAACAAGUGGAGACGCAGCGGCAGCAGCAGCGAUCACAGAAGCUCAAGCGCAGGCGGCCAAAGAGGCUGCAGCGGCUAACGCGGCUGCUUGGGAGGCACAGGC